AGUGGAGCUGCAGCUUAGAGGUGGAUAAAGUUCGUCUCCACGUUGGAAGUGAUAGAAAGUAUUAUCCCGAUCCGGCCACCGUUUCCAGUUUUCGGGGAGGAGAAUUAAUCGAGGGCGAUUGUUGAAGUGUGAAUAUUAAUUAAAAAAAACAAAACAACAACCCACCGAGGCUCGGCGGCGGAGGAACUUCACGGGUUUUGGUUGACGAUCGCGCGAGUCACAAGAAGAAAAAGUUUUUCUCAGGACAGCAAGUUGUCAAGUGAGUCGAACUUCAACAACAGGCGGACUCAAUCACAGGACACAUGUAAACAGUCGCUUUCAGACUCUUUUUUUUUUUAAGGAGAAAGGACUUCCCAUAAAAGGUGAUAGAAAAAAAGAACACUUUAUGUCCAGGAAAAUGGAAGCGACGUUCUACGACGAAGCCGUGAACGCCUCCAGCUCUCAGCGGGACGGGCCGGCGGUGUUCGGCUUCAACCCCAAAACCCUCAAGCAGACCAUGACCCUGAACCUGAACGACCCGAAAAACUUCAAGCCGCAGCUGGGCGCCAAGGCCCUGGACCUCCUGACGUCCCCCGACGUGGGGCUGCUGAAGCUGGCCUCGCCCGAACUGGAGAGGCUGAUCAUCCAGUCGUGCAGCGGACUCACGACCCCCACCCCGACCCAGUUCGUCUGCCCCAAGAACAUCACCGACGAGCAGGAGGGGUUCGCCGAGGGGUUCGUGAGGGCGCUGGCCGAGCUCCACUACCAGCAGCAUGCGCCGGUCACCCACCCCGACGCGCAGCCCGGCGCCGCCAACAGCUCGUCAUCCGGCACUGCUGCGCCCCAGAGCGGCGGGGUUUCCUUCAGCUGCACGGUGCGCAGCGAGCCGCCGGAGUACACAAACUUGGGCAGCUUCGGCCGGGCGGCGAGCUCCGCGUCUGCACCUGCCAGCGACAGGCAGCCCCCCACUGGCUACCCGGCCGCGCCGCCGCCGCCGCCGCCGCCGCCCCGCAACCACAUGGACCACCAGCGGGCGUUGGCGGCGCAGCACCACCGGCUGAACGCGCUCAAGGAGGAGCCGCAGAUCGUGCCCGAGAUGUCCGGCGACACACCGCCGAUGUCCCCCAUCGACAUGGAGAACCAGGAGCGCAUCAAGGCGGAGAGGAAGCGCAUGCGGAACAGGGUGGCCGCGUCCAAGUGCCGGAAAAGGAAACUGGAGCGCAUCUCCCGGCUGGAGGACCGGGUGAAGAACCUGAAGAACCAAAACACGGAGCUGGUUUCCUCCGCCAACGUCCUGCGGGACGAGCUGGCGCUGCUCAAGCAGAAGGUCAUGGACCACGUCAACAGCGGCUGCCAGCUCAUCUUGACGCAGCAGCUCCAGGCGUUCUAGACUGUCUCCGGGAGGAGGAGAAGAAGAACCAAGGGACAUGUCUUUGGGGACCAAAACGCAGCUUAAAACAAACGACUCCGCUCAGGCUGUGUAUCCACAGGCGGCCGGUGGCCGACGAGGAGACGUGUUAUCGGUCAGUGUCGUGAAAGGGAAAAGAAGGAGCAGAGGCCACCUGACCCAUAUUGCACAGACGCACAGCUCAGAGGGAACGUUUGCUCAUAUUUACACCUUCCACGAGACUUGUUACAUAUUUCGGGCGAUUUUGUCAACUUUAUUAUUAUUAUUUUAUAAUGUCCAUCCAAAAGUAGAAGAAUCUCAUUUGUAUUCAGUCAAGGGAACGUGACAAAUGCCCCUUAUACGAGCCUACUUGUCUAUUUGGUUGUGGCCCAUUCAAAGUCUUCCAUCCUCCAUCGGAGCUCGUGUGGGAUCCAAUGACCUCAUGGAGAGAAACACAAUGUGAACCAGGCAAAGCCCCCCACUACGUCAAGCACACACACAUCUAUAGAUAUGUGUGUUUAUGUAUAUAUGUCAAGACAAGAGUCGAGUGCUGAGCAUCCCCACCAGCGAGCAGCUCACAUGUACAGAUGAACAACACCUUUGCAAAAAGUUCCACACCUUUACGCGAGGACUCUUGUAGGUGUGUGCGCGCGUUUGUAGCGUUUACUGACAAAUAACUGCCUUAUACUUUUCUUAACCGCUCUGUUCAUGCAGCUUUGUGACGUCGGCGUCGCCGACCCCGAAAUAACACUUUGUAAUAAUAUUUCUACGCUGUACUUUUUGUUUCGAGCACUUCCGACUGUAAAUAUGACAAAAAUAAAAAAAAAAUCGUUGGGACACGUCA